AUGCAAUCUAUUACAAUCGGGGUACACGCACUCAGUGAGAGUCACACUGCUGCCUACAUAAGUACUAUUAUUUUAGAAAUCUGUGGUCAGUGGGGCAUUGAAGUAAAUAAAGUAUCCGUUAUUGUAACAGAUAAUGCUGAAAACAUAGUUAAAGCGGCAAAAGACACAUUCGGCAGAGCUAAGCAUCUUCCUUGUUUUGCGCACACCAUAAAUCUUCUGGCACAUGAUGUACUUGGCACACAUUCUUUGAAGAAACUUCAAUAUGAAAGAGGUAAAACUGAAGGAUCAGCUUUAAGAUUAAUUCAAGAUGUUAGCACGAGAUGGAACUCGACUUAUAUUUCACUAAUGCGAUUUUGUCAACUUUCCGAUGAAAUUGGUAUCACACUUUUGAAGCAUUCUGAUUCGCCAAACAUGCUUACUAGAGCAGAGUUAAACGAAGUUAAAGUUAUUUGUAAAUUACUAGCACCACUUUAUAAAAGAAUUGCUUCGAUUGAGGUUUACGAAGAAACAAUAAUAGCUAAAAAAAUAAAAGAUCAUUUGCUGUUACAAUUUGGUAUAAGAUUCGGUAAUGUAGAAAGAGUUCGACCAUUAGCAUUAGCUACUAUAUUAGAUCCGCGUUUUAAAAAACUUUAUUUUAAAAAACCACUGGCAGUUGCGGAAGCAAUUAAUAUUUUAUGUAAGGAAAUAAACAUAAUUCGCCAAAAUGUGCAAAGCACAACUUCUUCGACUCAAUAUUUUGACAAUAAUCAACAUUCUUCAAAUAACGAAAAUGAAGAUUUAUGGAUUGAUCACGAUGUUCUUAUAACUAAAAACUUUGUUUCGCAAGAAGAAGAAGAAAUUGAAGGUAUUUCAAUAGAACUGCGUCAAUUUUUAAAUUUGCCUGUAGUAAAUCAAACAAGUAAUCCUUAUGAAAUAUGGGAUACUUUGAAAUCUCAGUUUCCAAAUAUACAUAAGAUAGCAAUAGGGCAUCUUUCAAUAGUAGCUACCUCAGUACCUGCAGAAAGACUAUUUUCAAAGACAGGACUUGUUGCCACCGAUAUGUGA